AUGCUCGAAUGGGUCAACUCUUGGCAGGGACUGCAUGAGCUGCUGAUCACAAACUCCCUGUAUCCAAAGGACUCGGAGUGGAUCUCGGAGGAGUUCCUAGACACCACCCGCCGUGAGAGCACGAUGACCACCGCCACAGGCGCGCUGUUCGGAGAUGUGGAGAUCAGCCACUCGGGCCUGAAGACACUCGUCGACCUGGGGCGUAAGGAGCAUUGGCUCAUCGAUGUAGAUCACGUGGAGCUGCAUGCCACGACCAUCCUCGGCGCGGGCGGCUUCGGCAUUGUCUGCGAGGGUACCCUCUGCGGCGCGACAGUUGCCAUCAAGUUUCCCAGGAAGAGCACCAAGAACUCCACAUCGCAGACGCCGAACACGCGAGACCACGUCCUGAUCAUGAACUACCUGACGGAGCUCCGUCUGCUCCGCUACGUCCGACAUCCGAACAUCGUCGCCUUCUUCGGUGCGACCGUGGACGUGGACAACCUCGAGAUGAUCUUGAUCUUCGAGAAGAUGGAAGGGAGCACCCUGAGCAAGUUCAUCGACGAGAGCCCGGCGGAGGUGAAGCGACUGCACGUUCUGGUGGACGUUGCGAAGGCGCUGGUGUACCUCCAUGGGCUCCUGCCGGCGGUGGUCCACGGGGACCUGAAGGGCGAGAACAUCUUCGUGGACACCACGCGCGAGCGGAUCGUGGCGAAGCUCGGGGACUUCGGCCUCGCGCGGAGGGCAACCUCCUUCGCUCGUGGAAUGGGUGGCACAGUGCGCUGGUCUGCCCCAGAGGUGCUUCAAGGGCAGCUGCCCCCAUCCACCGCGGCAGAUGCGUACAGUUUCGGCCAGCUCGCCUACUUUGUCGUCUCGGGCCUCAUCCCCCUGAUCGAGCUGAAGCGUCAUGAGAUCGCCAGUGCGCUCGCCAAGGGGUACGUCCCGAACGAGAAGUGGCCCACCAACUAUUUUUCAAACAGGAUUCGCGAGAUCUCCGAGGCCUGUCGAAAGCCAGACCCCUCAGCCCGUCUCUCCAUGAAGGAGGCGUGGCACCAGCUUGGGCAAGUUGAGGACCCCGCAAAGCCCAAGGGAAAGAUCCGCAGCUGGCUGGGCGGCAAAAACACCCGAGGUGAGGAGAUGGUCCAUCCUUUCGGCAUCGUGCCGAUGCCAGACCUGCCUCCAGCGCCGGCAGGGGAUGACAGCGAUUGCCUUUUGAAUUGGUCGAACUCCGUGGGAGAUUGCACCCUAUAA